ACAUAUUCUUAUUGUAUAAAUUCAGACAUCCCUAUAUAAGUUACCAUCUCACUAACGCAAUUCUCUACUUCCAAAUCUGACCAAAAAAACAUUGUGACGACCAUGAGAACUCCAUACGUUUCUUUUGCGGAGCUCAAACCUGGCCGCCUUCACCAACGGGUGGUGGGUUGAUUCGAAGAAAAUCUUAAAGGAAUGGGAAGGAUAUGAGCGUCCUAACGAUGGGGCAGUUGUGAAAGUGAAAUUGAUUGGGAAACUUCAAGAUGAAACUGUAUUUCUGAAGAAAGGUCAUGGUGAGAAUGAGGAACUGUUUGAGUUCAAAACAGAUGAAGAGCAAGUGGUCGAUGGACUUGAUAGAGCUGUCAUGAAGAUGAAAAAGGGUGAAGUGGCAUUGGUGACAGUAGAACUUGAGUAUGCCUUUGGUUCUAAUGAGUCAAAACAGGAAUUGGCUGUGGUGCCGCCAAUCUCAACUAUGUACUUUGAGGAAAGGGAAUCAUGGGACAUGAACACUGAAGAAAAGAUAGAAGCUGAAACUAAAAAGGAAGAAGGAAGCUCCAAGUUUAAAGCAGGCAAAUAUGCCCUGGCGUCCAAGAGAUACGAGAAGGUAUAUAAUAAUAUGAACUGCCCGUUGAUAUGUGAGUUUUAUAGGAGAGCGCAAGCAUACAUGGAGUUGGCUGAUUUAGACUUGGCUGAGUUUGAUGUCAAGAAGGCCCUUGAAAUCGAUCCCAACAACAGCUAAGUGAAGCCGAAAUAGAGAAGGUUGAAGGAAAAAAUGAAGGAGUUCAACAAAAAAGAAGCCAAGUUUUAUGGAAACAUGUUUGUAGAGUUAACUAUAAGUAUCUCUAAUUAAUCCAAAUGGUUUGAUCAUAUGAUUAUAUAAAGAUGAAAGUAGAUUGUGGGAUUGUUAUUAUGAUAACCAAAUCUUGUAUUGGUGGGAAUUUGCAGAAGGAAUCAUCAAAAGAUGGAGAGGCAAUGAG